AUGCUCGAUAGCAAGGUGAAAAUAGUCGAUAACGAAGUGAAAAUACUUGGUGGCGAGGUGAAAAUACGAGAUGAAGGGACGGAGACGCGAGCGCAAGAUAAGGUACAUAAUGAAAGUGAAAAGGGAUGUAUCCGCGUGACUCGGAUACAAAGAGUAAGACUCUUGGCAUCAUAUCGGAAGAGCGACGUGAAAAUUCAACUAUUUUGCGGCAGGGUCGACAACUGGUCCCUGAUGACCGCUAUGUACCUUGGUGUGCGCUACAUCGGAAUGAUAUAUGCCAUGGAUCAAGAUAAUGACUUCCGCAGUUGCCAUAUCAUGUCCGACGCAAUAGAAUACAUUAAUGAUGUCGCAAAUAUAAUGCUGGGUGUCAUCAUGAUCGUUCGGUUAUAUGCCAUGUAUCAGAAAUCCAGACGUAUGCUGAUAUUCCUCGUCGUCUUCCUGGCUAUAAGAAUCGCCAUCGGAGUGAUGAUCGCAAUAACAGUGAGCCAUUUUGUAGUCGGGGAAGUGUCCUACGAGUUCUGGACUACACCACUUGGAUACUCCUCACUGCAUGGGAGGUCCUCACACUUUGCCUCGCAGUCUGGAUAG